AUGAAGUUCUUCACUCAAGGAUUCGGUGGAAGCGCGCAGUUUUGACGAAACUGACGGCAUUUAAAUUCAAAUUCAACUUAAAGUUGCCUGUUAAUCGAGGAUCUGUUUUUCAAUUGGUCUGAGACAUAACAAUACCUUUAUCAGCGCUUCUCGGUUGUUCACUUGUAAAUUUUUCUCAUUAAGUAUUCUCUAUUAAGACUUCACCUCAUUUAAAAUGACUACAAGUGAUGUCCGAAGGGCUUCCAGGAUCUCAAGCCAUAUUUGGAUCAGUCUACUGUUCUGUUUCAUACUACUUUCUUUAAAAAACGCACAUGUGGACGCUGAGCCUGCCUCGUGUAUUGGUAAUCGGAACGCCUACAAAGGGGACGAAUAUGAUUGCAAUAAGUACUGGAUAUGUGGGACAGGCUUCCAGUUGUCGUGUGCCAAGGGGAUGGAAUGGUCGGACCUGGCUCGGGGGUGCAUUAUGCCCAACACCAGCUUUGAUGACUGCGGGGUAACCGGAAGAGAUAUCAACGAAUGUGUUAGCGGAGCCCACACGUGCGACACAAUCACCCAGGAUUGCGUCAACACAAUAGGCAGCUUUGAAUGCCACUGUAAAACUGGCUUCGAACUGGUGGAUGGAAACUGCACGGACAUCAAUGAGUGUGAGGAUUCGAACGGCAUGUGCUCUCACACGUGCACUAACACCCCUGGCACGUAUUUCUGCUCGUGUCCCCCAGGGUUUCAGCUGGCCACAGGACAGCAGAUGUGUAUAGAUAUUGACGAGUGUACUGAGGAUAACGGUGGCUGCAGUCAAAAAUGUGCGAACGAGGCCGGAUCUUACCACUGCGANGGGUUCCAGUUGUCGUGUGCCGCGGGGAUGGAAUGGUCGGACCUGGCUCGGGGGUGCAUUAUGCCCAACACCAGCUUUGAUGACUGCGGGGUAACCGGAAGAGAUAUCAACGAAUGUGUUAGCGGAGCCCACACGUGCGACACAAUCACCCAGGAUUGCGUCAACACAAUUGGUAGCUUUGAAUGCCACUGUAAAACUGGCUUCGAACUGGUGGAUGGAAACUGCACGGACAUCAAUGAGUGUGAAGAUUCGAACGGCAUGUGCUCUCACACGUGCACUAACACCCCUGGCACGUAUUUCUGCUCGUGUCCCCCAGGGUUUCAGCUGGCCACAGGACAGCAGAUGUGUAUAGAUAUCGAUGAAUGUUUGGCCCGUACCCAUGGUUGUAGCUGGGAGUUUGGUUGUAUUAACACAGAGGGGUCGUACAGGUGUAACUGUCCCCUGGGGUACCAGCUGAACGCUGACGGAUACACCUGCAGAGACAUUGAUGAAUGUGCCAGCAGGACAGCAGAGUGUGAGCAGGAAUGUAAUAACGUAGAGGGGUCCUAUAUUUGUUCCUGUUUUCUGGGUUACAAACUAGACGCUGAUGGCAGGGCGUGUAACGAUAUUGACGAAUGUGCGUUAGGCAAGGAUAACUGUGCCCACGACUGCUUUAACCACGCUGGAUCCUACUCCUGCGGAUGUCACAUGGGCUUCCAGCUAAUGGAGGACGGGUUUUCAUGCCAGGAUGUGAACGAAUGUGCCCGCGGGUCACACGACUGUCAGCAGCUAUGUGAGAAUACCGUGGGGUCUUUCCAGUGCAGCUGCUCUUCUGGAUUUCAACUCGCGGCAGACAAAAAAAAUUGCACAGAUAUCAACGAGUGUACCAAGGGCACUCACAACUGUUCCCAGGUAUGUAACAACCAGCCGGGAGGGUAUUUCUGUAGUUGUUACACCGGCUACCAGCUCCAGGCAGACGGACUGGCUUGUUUCGAUUUUAAUGAGUGUACUACGGGGACUCACCAGUGUUCUCAGGACUGUACAAACACCCCGGGGUCCUACAUCUGUAGCUGUAAGCCGGGUUUUCUACUGCAGCCAGAUAAACUGACCUGUAGAGAUAUUAACGAGUGUGAGACGCUGAACGGCGGCUGUUCGACCUACUGUACUAAUAUAGCUGGCUCCUUUUACUGCUCGUGUGGAGUGGGGUACCGCUUAGACUACGACGAGAGGACGUGCGUUAAAGACGAGGCUGCUAAAUGCUAUCACCCGUACGGUAUCUUCCCCCACCACAGCGACUGCAGGAAGUUUAUCGUGUGUGUGAUGGGAGAAGUCAUCUCUGUACAACCGUGUCCAGACGACCAGGCCUGGGACCUAGAGGCUGGACACUGCAUCAACGAGACCCUGGCCAACUGUUCCAGGAUUGUGCCGCCCACCAGUGAGUUUUUUUUACGUUUUAGUUCGUGCAUUUAUAAUAAUAAUAAUAAUAAUUACCAGUAUGUGUCAGUGAUCACAGAGGAGUCAUAACACUCUGAUUUGAAAGUUUAUCUAGGAUUGUUUAAAG